CCUCGGGAGAGCCCUGACGCCGAGGUCUACAUGCACUUCAUGAGGAGCCACUGCUGCUACGACGCCGUCCCCACCAGCUGCAAGCUCGUAGUCUUCGACAUCUCCCUGGAGAUCAAGAAAGCCUUCGUGGCACUGGUGGCCAACGGGGUGCGUGCCGCCCCGCUCUGGGACAGCAAGACACAGAGCUUUGUGGGGAUGCUCACCAUCACCGACUUCAUCAACAUCCUCCACCGUUACUACCGCUCGCCCCUGGUUCAGAUCUACGAGGUGGAGGAGCACAAGAUUGAGACCUGGCGAGAGGUGUACCUGCAGGGCUCCUUCAAACCACUGGUCUACAUCUCCCCGAGCAAUAGCCUCUUCGACGCCGUCUACUCCCUGAUCAAGCACAAGAUCCACCGCCUGCCCGUCAUCGAGCCCGUCUCGGGCAACGUCCUGCACAUCCUGACGCACAAGCGCAUCCUCAAGUUCCUCCACAUCUUUGGCUCCACCAUCCCCAAGCCGCGCUUUCUGAAGAAAACAGUGCAGGAGUUGUGUGUUGGCACCUUCCGCGACGUGGCCGUCGUGCCUGAGACCGCCCCUGUCUAUGCCGCUCUGGAGAUCUUCGUGGACCGCCGUGUCUCCGCCUUGCCCGUCAUCAACGAUGCUGGGCAAGUGGUCGGCCUCUACUCCCGGUUUGACGUCAUUCACCUGGCAGCCCAGAAGACCUACAACAACCUGGACAUCAGCGUGCGGGAGGCGCUGCGGCAGCGCACCACCUGCCUGGAGGGGGUCCUCACCUGCUACCCCCACGAAACCAUGGAGGACAUCAUCGACCGCAUCGCCAAGGAGCAGGUCCAUCGCCUGGUUCUGGUGGAUGAGAACCAGUACCCGCGGGGCAUCGUCUCCCUCUCCGACAUCCUCCAGGCCCUUGUGCUCACUCCCGCAGGCAUCGACCGAUCCUCACUCUGA